AUGGCUGAGGAGCAGCAGACCAUGGACACCACCCCCGAGCAGGUUGAGACCCCUGCCGUCGAGGCCGAGCUCACCAACGAGGAGGCUCUGCGCCUUGUGCUUCGCGAUGCCGUGCAUUCUGAUGGCAUCGUCCGCGGUCUGCGCGAGGUGGCCAAGACCAUCUCCCGCGGUGACGCCAUCUUCGCCGUUGUCGCCAACGACUGCGACGAGAAGAACAUCACCAAGCUCAUCGAGGCCCUCUGCGCCGAGCGCAAGGUUCCUUUCGUCACCGUCGAGAGCAAGAAGCAGCUCGGCGAGUGGGCUGGUCUCUGCAAGAUUGACAAGGACGGUAACCCCCGCAAGGUUGUCAAGUGCAGCUGCGUCGCCGUCAAGGCCCUGCCCGACUCCCGCGCCCUUGCCAAGCUCCGCGAGAGCCUCAAGGCAUAA